AUGAGUCCAACCAAAAUCACCAACAUCGACACGGUGGAGCUGCAAGAAGGCAUCCAGAACGCAGCCUUUCAUGGGGAUGAUGAUGAUAUAUCUGAUGCCUCAAACUCUGGAGAGCAGCAGGCCACCAGCGUGUCCGUCACCAGGCCGGAGGAGAACGAGUACACUCAGAUCAAGCCGUACGCUGGGAUGCCCAAAGAGGUCCUAAUGUUAUACUCCAGGAAAGCCUGCUACCGCGUACCUCGAGAGAUUAUUUUCUGGCUGAUCAUCGCAUGCACCCUGGCCCUUAUUGCCAUGACCAUUACAGUCGUGGCGCUGUCACCUCGAUGCAUGAGCUGGUGGCAGCUGUCUCCGGUCUAUCAGGUCUAUCCACGAUCAUUCAAAGAUUCAAAUGCUGAUGGUGUUGGAGAUCUCAAAGGAAUCGAGGAGAAACUGAGUCAUUUUGAGUACCUGAACAUUAAAGCAAUCUGGAUCAGCCCUUUCUACAAGUCUCCUAUGAGGGACUUUGGAUAUGACGUGGAGGACUUCAGGCAGAUCGAUCCCAUCUUUGGAACCAUGGAGGACUUUGACGAGCUCCUGGCAAGCAUGCAUGACAAAGGUCUGAAGCUGAUCAUGGACUACAUCCCAAACCACACCAGCGACAAACACAUUUGGUUCCAACUUAGCCGUAAUGGUACAGAGCCCUAUAAAGACUACUACAUCUGGGCUAACUGCACACAAGACAAACCUCCAAACAAUUGGGUGAGUGUCUUCGGGAAUUCCUCCUGGGAGUAUGAUGAGGUGCGACAACAGUGCUAUUUCCAUCAGUUCCUCAAGGAACAGCCUGACCUGAACUACCGUAACCCUCGAGUCAUAGAGGAGAUGACGGACAUAAUCCAUUUCUGGCUGAAGAAGGGGGUGGAUGGGUUCCGCAUGGACGCUGUGAAACACAUGCUUGAGGCCACACAUUUGAGAAAUGAACCCCAGGUCGACCCUGACCAAGAUCCAUCGACUGUGGACACAGAGUUUGAGCUGUACCAUGACUACACCUACACACAGCAGGGCUUACAUGAGAUCCUCACAAACUGGAGGAUAGAGCUGGACGCCUACAGCAGAGAGCCCGGCCGCUACAGGUUCAUGGUGAUAGAGUGUUAUGAUUAUGAAGAAAUAGAUAAAACCAUGAGGUACUAUGGCACAAGCUAUGUCACUGAAAGCGACUUCCCCUUUAACUUCUAUCUCCUGUACCUUCCUGAUGAUCUGUCAGGAAAUCAAGCCAAACGCUUGGUUCAUUUAUGGAUGUCAAACAUGCCGGAGGGAAAAUGGCCAAACUGGGUGGUAGGAAACCAUGACAAGCCACGUAUAGGCUCAAGUGCUGGUAAAGAAUAUAUACGUGCUAUUAACAUGAUGUUGUUAACGCUGCCUGGAACUCCCACAACAUACUAUGGAGAAGAGAUCGGCAUGGUGAACGUAAAUGUAUCAGUAAUUCAGGAUCCUUUUGGACAGCAUGAUCCAAGCAACAGUCGGGAUCCGCAACGAACACCAAUGCAGUGGGAUGAUAAGCUCAAUGCUGGUUUUAGUGACAGUGAAAAUGGCACAUGGCUAGACAUUGCUCCAGACUACAGCUCUGUCAACGUGGAGCUUCAGCAGGCUGAUACACACUCCACCAUUUCACAGUAUCGUGCUCUGAGUUUGCUCCGAGGUGCUGAGUUGGCACUGUCCCGAGGCUGGUUCUGCUUCGUCUGGAGCGAUGUCAACAUAUUUGCUUAUUUGCGUGAGAUGGAUGGGCUCAACAAAGCCUUCCUGGUGGUUCUAAACUUCGGCAAGGAUACUACAACAGACUUGUCUUCAGUUACUGAGUUGCCAGAUACUCUUACUGUGCAUUUAAGCACAGUGCCAAUAAGUCAAAAGAUUUUCCCUAAAUCCGGAAUUCCAACAUCUCAAGGGCAAGGACUGCUCCUGGAAUAUUCCACCAAUCAGCGCUUUCACCCAAACCAUGCAUCCGAGUGCUAUGUUUCUGAGAAAGCCUGCUACUUGCCUGCACUAGAUAUUCUGUACAAGUGUUGAAGAUAAAGCGACACGGUGACAAACGCUAAAGGCUAUCUAUUCCUUGUUUUAUUUUGGUAUUAGUCCCGCCCACUUUGAAAUCUCAUUGGUCCAAAAUCUCACUCCAUAUUUUUGUGAUGGUGUAUAUCGUUUGUGUUCAGUGUGAACCGGCAAGUUGCCUGGCGAUGCAAUCUGUUUUUGUCUGAUUAACAUUUCAUUCAAAAGGAACUAGUAUCUAUGUAACAAAAUAGACGUUUGGUUAAUAAGAAAAAUCUGAAAAAC